AAAACUGGUUUGAACAAGAGAAAGACGGGAAGCCAGCCAGCAGAGGAGAAGAGAAAGACAACUGCCCAGUCCUCAUCUUCUAUCUUCAUUCUCUCUCUAUUUCUCUUUAAAAUAGUGUGAACUUACAGCCAUCAACCCCAGUAUUUAUUCAAACAGAUCUAACCUCCAUGAAUAUGUCCAAAACCCUAAUACACACUAAUUACUGAUCCUCCAUUAUUAUAUCUAUUCUCGGCUACAGUAUAGUAGUAUUAUUAUUGCUUUGAUAAAAGGUACAUUUUCCGAAAAUGUGCAGCAAACAUUUCAAAGAAGAAGACAUCUCUUCCCUGUCUUCUUAAGAGUUUGUUUUACAGGGCAAAAGAACUGCAAUUCAUCAUCAGUACUAUUGUCCUCCAAGGAUGUCUUCUGCUACUUAUGGCAUUCUCUUAUUCUAUCUCAUUGCGGCCUCCUUCUCACCUCUAAUUACUGCCCACCUCAAUCUUACCCUUCCUCACCAACACCCUUACCCUGAAUCUGUGGUCCAGCAAGUACAGAGGAAGGUCAAUGAGUCCAUUGAAAGAAGACAAAUACUGGAGACAGUAAGAGAAAACAAAUGUCCGACUGGAAACCCAAUAGACGAUUGCUGGCAAUGCGACCCAAACUGGGAUAAAAACCGGCAAAGGCUAGCUGACUGCGCUAUUGGUUUCGGCCAGGGUGCAAUGGGUGGAAAAGGAGGUCAGAUCUACAUAGUCUCUGAUUCCUCCGACAGAGACACCGUGAACCCAUCUCCCGGCACUCUCCGGCACGCUGUUGUUCAAGAAGAACCCCUGUGGAUCGUCUUUGCAGCAGACAUGGUGAUAAAGCUAAAGCACGAGCUUAUUAUUAACAACUACAAGACCAUCGACGGGCGGGGCGCAAACGUUCACAUUACCGGCAGUGGCUGCAUUACAUUACAGUAUGUGAGUAAUGUGAUUAUACACAAUGUCCAUAUUUACAAUUGUGUCCCAUCAGGAAAUACUAACAUAAGGUCGAGCCCUACACACGUUGGGUGGAGAGGCAAAUCGGACGGUGAUGGGAUAUCCAUCUUUGGAUCUCGAAAUAUCUGGAUUGAUCACUGUGCAUUAUCUCAUUGUACCGACGGCUUAAUUGAUGCCAUCAUGGGGUCUACUGCUAUUACAAUAUCAAAUAACUACUUUAGCUAUCAUGACGAUGUUAUGCUUUUGGGACAUGACGAUAAAUACUUGCCUGAUUCAGGAAUUCAGGUGACAAUAGCGUUUAAUCAUUUCGGAGAAGGGUUAGUACAAAGAAUGCCAAGAAUUAGAAGAGGAUAUGUACAUGUAGUGAACAACGAUUUCACACAUUGGCAAAUGUAUGCAAUUGGUGGUAGUGCUAAUCCUACUAUUAACAGUCAAGGCAAUCGCUAUACUGCUCCUGAUGACCCAAAUUUGAAGGAGGUGACAAAGCGUGAGGACAUGGAUAAUGGGCAGUGGGAUGAGUGGAACUGGAGGACGGAUGGCGACAUUAUGGUUAACGGCGCAUUUUUCGUGCCUUCAGGGCAAGGCCUUAGCAAUCAAUAUGCCAAAGCCUACAACGUCGAUCCCAAAUCCGCCCUUCUUGUCCAUCAGCUCACCAGCAAUGCUGGUGUCCUUGGUGGCCCCAGGCUCAAGACUAUUAUGACAACUCAAGAAGUCGGUAAAGAAAGCAAGCCGAAUUCAAUGAGGUGUGAAAUUUUAGGGUUAUGGUUAGCUAACAGUCCCGGUUGAGUUAUUCACUAGAAUUGACUAGUUAAUUUAUGUGGGUUUGUUGGUUAUGGUAUUAAUUUCGUUCAUAAGAAUUUUUCGAGUUCAUACUCGCCUAUUCAAGUUAAUCUGAUGCCGAUUUUUCUACGGAAUUAGAAUUAACAAGAACACACUAAUACAUCUUGUAAAAUAGGCAGCAAUGCAAUCAAGUAUAAUUUUGUCCAAAACCCAAAUUUGUUUCCCAGGCCCAGUACAUGCAAUCUAGAAUUCAUGCUUUUGAGUUCUCUAGAUUUGUAGAUCGUAUUCAAUCGUCGGCCGGACAAUUAAAUAAUCAAAAGCAGGAUAAGUAAACAGACCAAUGCGAUGGAUAUUAAGCCCAGUUCAAGACUAGAAUAAUCACGAGCAACCGAGUCCUAGGACUAAGAAACUACAAUAGAAUAGAAUAAAGGAAAGCUUCGGAUCGAAGCGCCUUCCAAGUUGUUCUAGUCUUGCUCUAACUCCAAUCUCAUUUAUAUGAUGAGUUUAAUUAUGUUUUGUGCACCGCCAGUGCAUAAAAUAUUUUAUACUAUCAGUUAACUUGACUUGUCUCGUGCCUUGAGCCGGGGUAUAUCGGAAACAGCCUUUCUACUUCAUCAGAGGUAGAGGUACUGCGUAUAUCUUACCCCCAGACCCCACUAGGUGGGAAUACACUGGGUUUGUUGUUGUUGUUGUAGUUAACUUGACUUGUCAUUGCAGGUUAUCCAAUUAUUUACAUAAAAAUUUAAAAAGAAAAAAAAAUUAGAUAACUUACGCGCAAAACUUAAAUUCUUAUAAGAUAUGAGAGAGAGAGAAAAAAGGGAAAUUUUUAUUAGGUCAACUCCGGAAUUACCCCAUCACGUCGCAAGGUGUUUCGACAAUUAGAGAAUGCAAUUAUAACUUGUAAAUAUUACAAGUGACAUGCUCAGGAUUUUGAAUCUCUAAAUAUUAGGAUUUCUUAUAUGGUUUCAAGAAAGAUUUAAUAUUUUUUUUUUUUGUAUUUGAUUGCAAAGUCCUAAAAUUAGGAAAACACUUUUGUCCAAUGUAGAGGAUAAAAAAGUCCAUCAAUAUUUCGGUUAAAUCAACAUGGGUUGUGGUGUAGCGGAUGAGGCUACUCCAUCGUUAAUCAGAGGUCGAGGAUUUGAUUUUGGGCAUGGAAAAAACUUUGUUGGGAGAGCUACUACUCGAAUGGAGCCCUACUCGGCGCGAAUCUGAAUUAGUCGGGCUCCAAUGCGGGUACCGGAUACCGGAUGAAAAAUAAUAAAAAAUAAUAUUUCGCUUAAGCGCUUUAGUCUAUCAACACAUCCUAAAUGUGAAGAAUUGUUGCAGUAUCAAUAUAAUUUAAUCUAUAAUAGCAAGUUAGCAGUAUUUUUACCAUGGUACUACUUAGCAUAAAUUUUACUAAUACUUACUAACCUGAUCAUGUAAACAUUUUCUACAAGAAACUUAAAAACUCACGCGAAACUUUAUCAUACACUCUUCUUA